CUUGUGGUUGAAGCUGCGGUGCUCAUGUCCUGAGGCCUGCAGUAAAAAGAAAAUGGUAAAAAAAAAAUUAAAAAAUUAUUGGAAUUAGAAGAAAUAAAUAGUGAAAGAGGAGAGAGAAAUAGAAGAGGCAAAGAAGAGAGAGCUUAUAUAAGAGCAUAAUUCUCCGGCAUAUUUUCUUGCUCUUUUCAUUUAUUUCUGUCUUUGUAUUUUUGUAUCGGCAUUUGUGUUCUGCUUCUGUUUUCUUUUCUCUUUAAUAACAGAAGCAGAAAUAUUUGCCCUUACAUUCUUUUUUAGUUCUUGAAUAACAACCUCAUUAAGAAACAGGAGUUUUGUUUCUUCUCGAGUUUGUUUCUGUCAUGCACAUUAGUUCUUAAGUUCAUAAGACAGACUCCUUGUUCUUGUUGUUCCAGUUUCUUGGGUUUUUUUUUUUUUUGUUCCUCAGGGAGCUGCUGACAUUACAGCUCUGCCUGUAUGUUGGCUUGCGUAUAGCGAAAGAAAAGAAACAUAUUCUUGCUCUUUUUUGUGUCUUAUAAAUUCUGUUCAGAUCUCAUUUUGAUGGGUUUCUUUUAAAAUCUUUAAAAUAAUAAUCAAACACUCCUGUUCCUGUCUUCCAUUUCUUGCUUUCCUCUGUUUCGUUUUUUGCCUUUGCUCUGUUCUGAGACACACAAAUGGAUCGGCUAACAACAACAAAAAUCAUUCCAGAUGCAUUUCAAGGUGCUAGAGAUGACAUUUCAAUGCAGUUCCUUAUAAUUUGGGAUCAGAUCAGAGCACCAUUGAUCGUUCCUUUACUACGUUUAGCAGUUGCUGUUUGUUUGCUCAUGUCCUUAAUGCUCUUCAUUGAAAGGGUCUAUAUGGGCAUUGUCAUUACCCUAGUCAAGAUUUUUGGUCGAAAACCUGAAAAACGUUACAAGUGGGAACCCUUAAAAGAUGAUGUUGAAAUGGGUAACUCUGCUUAUCCAAUGGUUCUUGUUCAAAUCCCAAUGUAUAAUGAAAGAGAGGUUUAUCAGCUUUCCAUUGGAGCUGCAUGUGGCCUCUCUUGGCCUUCUGAUCGCAUCAUAAUUCAAGUUCUUGACGAUUCGACAGACCCGACUAUCAAGGAUUUAGUUGAACUAGAGUGUCAAAGAUGGGCAAGCAAAGGCAUAAAUAUUAAGUACGAGAUAAGAGAUAAUAGAAAUGGGUACAAAGCUGGAGCUUUAAAAGAAGGCAUGAAGCGAAGCUACGUUAAACACUGCGACUAUGUAGCCAUCUUUGAUGCAGAUUUUCAACCUGAACCUGACUUUCUCUGGCGUACCAUUCCUUUCCUGGUCCAUAAUCCUGAACUGGGUCUGGUUCAGGCUCGUUGGAAAUUCGUGAAUUCUGAUGAGUGCUUGAUGACAAGAAUGCAAGAAAUGUCUUUGGAUUACCAUUUCACUGUUGAGCAAGAAGUGGGGUCUUCUACUUAUGCCUUCUUUGGCUUCAACGGAACGGCAGGAGUAUGGAGAAUUGCUGCACUCAAUGAAGCUGGAGGCUGGAAGGACAGGACCACAGUAGAGGACAUGGACCUUGCUGUCCGAGCUAGUCUCAAAGGCUGGAAAUUCUUAUACCUUGGUUCUCUUAAGGUGAAAAAUGAGUUGCCUAGUACUUUCAGAGCAUACCGCUAUCAGCAGCAUCGUUGGUCAUGUGGUCCUGCUAACCUCUUCAGGAAAAUGAUGAUGGAGAUUAUGACAAAUAAGAAAGUGACCUUGUGGAAGAAAGCACAUGUGAUCUACAGCUUCUUCUUAGUGAGGAAGAUCGUUGCCCACAUCGUUACUUUUGUUUUUUACUGUGUUGUUUUGCCUGCAACUGUUUUGGUACCUGAAGUUGCGGUUCCAAAGUGGGGAGCUGUUUAUAUUCCUUCAAUCGUUACACUUCUCAAUGCCGUUGGAACCCCAAGGUCACUUCACCUGAUGGUAUUCUGGAUCCUUUUUGAGAAUGUCAUGUCGCUGCACCGGACUAAGGCUACCUUCAUUGGAUUGUUAGAGGCUGGCAGAGUGAAUGAAUGGAUUGUCACUGAAAAACUAGGAGAUGCACUCAAGGCAAAACCUGCCAAAGCUCCAAAGAAACCACGAUUUAAAUUCGGAGACAGACUCCACCUUUUAGAGCUUGGGACUGGAGCUUACCUGUUCUUCUGCGGUUGCUAUGAUGUUGCAUUUGGGAAAAACCACUAUUUCUUAUACCUAUUCGUGCAAGCAAUUGCCUUCUUCAUCAUGGGUUUCGGAUACAUUGGCACCUUUGUCCCUAAUUCUUGAUGUGACUGUGAAAGUAGCAGCCAGCUGGUGCAGUUCUUUCAGCAAAUUCUUCACCCUAUGCCUGCGCCAUUUCACAUGGUAUAAGGCAUUCGCAGUGAAAAUUUCUGCAAUUUAGCUUUGUAUAAAAAGACAAAGAAUGAAGGUCAUAUUCUUUUAGGUUGAGCAUAAAUUAGUUGAGUGGGUGACUUGAAAGGUUAUUAGUUUCCCUUGUGAAUAUCACCGCAUACAUUUUAAGGAAACUACAGAAAAAACAUUGUAAUGUUGUUUUAUGGGAUUUGCAUUAUAUACGGAUAGGAUAAGGAAAAAGAGUGGAGAAAGCAGGUUUCUGGGUUCUGACCCUUAAGUAGAUAGAGCAAAACAUCUUGGAAUGGGAUUGUAAUUGUGAGAUUUUUGUAGCUUUUGUCUUUUUCCCCUUUUUGUUCAUUGCACUGUUGUGAUUGGCAUUGGCUUUGGGAGGAAAUAAAGUAACAGAAAUGGGAUAAGUUUUACAGUUGAUCCA